AUGGUCUUUCCCAACUCUGAAACAACCGAAGUUGUCGUUGAUCAAAACUUUGCAGCUGAAGUAAACUUCAACCGAAUUAUUCGUGAACUGAUCAAGGAAGGUGAUAUUGAUGAGAAAACUCAAGAGAUCAAUCCAGAACGUUUAUUGGCAUGUUUGAAAUCGUUGUUUUAUGCUCCGGAUUCAUGGAAUCGUCAUGGACUCACUCAAGAAGGAACUCAUCGUUUGGUACAACGUUUUGGACAACAAAAAAUUCAACUCGGAACGAAGGAUUACUUGAAGAGCGAUUUGGUGGUGGUUUAUUGGGGGUCUUCGAAAGCUGCCAAAUGUGUGGAGGUGGUCUAUAUGAAUGAGUAG